CCCUCUGUGGGAAUUGAAGCCAUGCCAUGUUCCUCAAUUCUGCUAUUCUGUGACCCUGUGCUGGUUGCAGUUACUGGCUUGAAAGAUUAAGUAUCUUUGUGAGAUAAUUGGCUGCAACAGGGAGUUUUGUACCAGCAUACAUCUGUGUUGGAUAUAAUGUUAUAAAGAGGUUAUGUUCAGUCUGAUAUCUUGAAGCACAUUACACUGCAGUCUUCUACAAGGACAUUCUCUCUCUUUCUGCAUCGGCAUGGAAGGAAUGCAUCUAGACAGAGAGCUGCUACCUGGCCAUGAUGAAGAAGCUGUUGUGGAUACAGGCAAAAUCAGCUCUACUAUCAACACAAACUUUGAGAAAGAAGAAUUAGAAAGUCAUAGAGCUGUAUAUAUUGGUGUACACGUCCCCUUUGGAAAACAGGGUCGACGGCGUCAUAGGCACCGUGGUCAUAAACAUCAUAGACGAAGAAAAGAAAAGGAAACUGACAGAGAAGAUGGGCGGGAAUCUCCUUCCUAUGACACACCAUCGCAGAGAGUGCAAUUUAUCCUUGGUACAGAGGAUGAUGAUGAAGAACACAUUCCCCAUGAUCUUUUUACUGAAAUGGAUGAACUUUGUUUUAGAGAAGGAGAAGAAUAUGAAUGGAAAGAAACUGCCAGAUGGCUAAAAUUUGAAGAAGAUGUUGAAGACGGUGGUGAACGGUGGAGCAAACCUUAUGUGGCUACCCUGUCUCUCCACAGUCUAUUUGAAUUGAGAAGUUGUAUUUUAAAUGGAACAGUCAUGUUAGAUAUGAGAGCCAAUUCACUGGAUGAAAUAGCAGACAUGGUAUUGGAUAACAUGAUAGCUUCUGGUCACCUUGAUGAAUCAAUGAGAGAGAAUGUCAGAGAAGCCCUUCUCAAAAGGCAUCAUCAUCAGAAUGAAAAAAAGUUUAGUAAUCGGAUUCCCCUCGUCCGAUCCUUUGCAGAUAUAGGCAAGAAACAUUCUGACCCUCUCUUGCUUGAAAGAAAUGGGGAAGGCCUUUCAGCCUCCCGCCAUUCUUUACGAGCAGGUCUCUCUGCCUCAAAUAUUUCCCUGAGAGGAGAGAAUCGUUUGUCCCUUCUUCUCAAUUACCUUCUUCCUGGAUCUCCAACAACCUCAAGGAGUACAACCCCUUUACCUACCCCACAAAGCACUCCACCUUCCAGUCCUAGGUGUGAUCCCAAGGGAACCACAAAUUUCCAGCCAACUGAGCAUCAGGUGUCUCCUUCUAAUGAUGAUAUCCCUAAAGUAGUAAUUCAUCCACCUGAGGAAGAUUUAGAAGCUCAGGAAAGCAAGAAGAGGACAGAGGAAAAUAGUGACAUAACAUCAGGGCUCUUAGCAUCGCCACAAUCUGCACCUGGUAAUUUGGAUAUUGGAAAAAGUGGAGAAUUUAAAAUUAGUGGAACAGGAGGGAGUAGAGAAAACAGCACUGUUGACUUCAGCAAGGUGGAUAUGAACUUUAUGAGGAAGAUUCCAAUAGGUGCAGAGGCAUCAAAUGUGCUGGUUGGAGAAGUAGAUUUUUUGGAGAGACCAAUUAUUGCUUUUGUGAGGCUGUCUCCAGCUGUGCUUCUCACUGGUCUCACAGAGGUUCCUGUUCCUACACGAUUCCUUUUUCUGUUGCUGGGGCCAGCAGGUAAAGCACCUCAGUAUCAUGAAAUUGGUCGAUCAAUAGCAACACUCAUGACUGAUGAUGUUUUCCAUGAUGUUGCUUAUAAAGCCAAAGACAGAAAUGAUCUGCUAUCUGGAAUUGAUGAAUUUUUAGAUCAAGUGACCGUUCUUCCUCCAGGCGAGUGGGAUCCAUCUAUAAGAAUUGAACCACCCAAGAGUGUUCCUUCUCAGGAGAAGAGGAAGAUUCCUAAGUUUCCAAAUGGAGCUGCUUCUCCUGGAGAACCCCUUAAUGAAGAAGGUCAUCAUGCUGGACCUGAACUACAGAGAACUGGAAGGCUUUUUGGUGGUUUGAUACUUGACAUCAAAAGGAAAACAUCUUUUUUCUUGAGUGACUUCAAGGAUGCAUUAAGUCUGCAGUGUCUGGCCUCGAUUCUUUUCCUAUACUGUGCCUGUAUGUCUCCUGUAAUCACUUUUGGAGGGCUCCUUGGAGAAGCUACAGAAGGCAGAAUAAGUGCAAUAGAGUCUUUAUUUGGAGCAUCAUUAACUGGGAUUGCCUAUUCACUUUUUGCUGGGCAACCUCUGACAAUAUUGGGCAGCACAGGACCAGUACUAGUAUUUGAAAAAAUAUUGUUUAAAUUCUGCAAGGAUUAUGGGCUUUCUUAUCUUUCCCUACGAACCAGUAUUGGUCUAUGGACAUCAUUUUUAUGCAUCCUAUUAGUAGCAACGGAUGCAAGCAGCCUAGUGUGUUACAUCACUCGAUUUACUGAAGAGGCUUUUGCUGCCCUCAUUUGCAUAAUAUUUAUAUAUGAAGCACUGGAAAAGCUGUUUCAUUUGGGAGAAGUGUAUCCUUUCAAUAUGCACAACGACCUUGAUAAGCUGACAUUGUAUUCAUGUGUAUGUGCUGAGCCUCCAAAUCCCAGUAAUAAAACUCUGGAGCUAUGGAUGAAAGCCAACCAAUCUCUGGGUACUAUACCAUGGACCAACCUCACAGUUAAGGAAUGUAACAAUCUUCAUGGCAUAUUUGUUGGAUCAGCCUGUGGACAGCAUGGUCCAUAUUUCCCAGAUGUUCUUUUUUGGUCUGUCAUAUUAUUCUUUACAACAUUUUUCCUAUCCUCUUUCCUCAAGCAGUUUAAGACCAAACGUUAUUUUCCCACUAAGGUACGUUCUACAAUAAGUGAUUUUGCUGUAUUUUUGACAAUAGUGAUUAUGGUUUUCGUUGAUUAUCUUGUGGGAGUUCCUUCCCCUAAACUAAAUGUGCCUGAAAAAUUUGAACCUACACGAAGUGAUCGUGGAUGGCUCAUCAAUCCUCUAGGAGGUAAUCCUUGGUGGACACUUGUAAUAGCUGCAGUUCCUGCUUUGCUUUGUACCAUCCUUAUUUUUAUGGAUCAGCAAAUUACAGCAGUUAUCAUAAACAGAAAAGAGCAUAAACUCAAGAAAGGUUGUGGUUAUCAUCUUGAUCUGCUCAUGGUUGGCAUUAUGCUUGGUAUAUGCUCUAUCAUGGGCUUGCCUUGGUUUGUGGCUGCAACUGUUCUUUCCAUAAGUCAUGUCAACAGUUUAAAAGUAGAAUCUGAGUGCUCAGCUCCAGGAGAGCAACCAAAGUUUCUGGGAAUCCGUGAACAAAGAGUGACAGGAUUAAUGAUUUUUGUUCUGAUGGGACUAUCAGUGUUUAUGACUUCUGUAUUAAAGUUCAUUCCAAUGCCAGUUUUAUAUGGUGUUUUUCUUUAUAUGGGAGUAUCCUCACUAAAAGGCAUUCAGUUUUUUGAUCGUAUUAAACUGUUUGGUAUGCCUGCCAAACAUCAACCUGAUUUGAUCUAUCUGCGUUAUGUGCCACUAUGGAAAGUGCAUGUAUUUACAGUAGUUCAGCUUACGUGUCUUGUACUUCUGUGGGCAAUUAAAGCAUCAGCUGCUGCUGUUGUUUUUCCUAUGAUGGUUUUAGCUUUAGUUUUUAUUCGCAAACUUCUGGAUUUAUGUUUCACCAAACGGGAGCUCAGUUGGCUUGAUGACCUUAUGCCAGAAAGUAAAAAGAAAAAGGAAGAUGACAAAAAGAAAAAAGCAAAGGAAGAAGCUGAACGAAUGUUUCAGGCAGUGGACAGUGAAACUGUACACCUUCCAUAUGAAAGAGGUGAAGUAUUACAGAUUCCCGUGAAAGCUCUAAAAUACAGCGUUGACCCCUCUGUGGUAAACAUAUCAGAUGAAAUGGCCAAAACUGCACAGUGGAAGGCUCUUUCCAUGAACACAGAGAAUGCCAAAGUAGCAAGAUCUAACUUGAGCCCUGAAAAUGAAGCAUGUGUGAAAAUAGACAUUGAAAAUACAUCUGAAACAAAGUAUGUAGAUGCUGAAACCUCAUUAUAGAGGUAAACGAGGGUAUUAUUUUAUAGGAUAUAUUGAAAAAGGGUGAUUGCAAGGCUUCUUUUAAGUACUAGGUACUUAUGUGAACAACAGUGAGAUUUUCCAAUAAGAAAUGUCUAUCACUCUGGAAAUAUUUAUUUUAGUGGAAUGUUUAUUUCAAUUUUUAAAUAGGAAAAUUAAAAUUACUUUUUAGUUAUCAGUAAGUCAGAGAUUACCUUUAACUGUAAAUUAUUGGUUUGCAUUGUAUCUAUGACUUUUUUAUAUAAUUUAUUGCAAUACAUAUGUCCUGUUAUCAGGCAGUUACUAUUUGGGUUUUUGCAAAUGUUAUGCCAGUUUAUAAGAACAAAUCUUACAUAUGCAAUUUAGUGAAUUGCUGUAUUUCAGCCUUCAUUUCAUAUUAUUUUAUGGAUGAUUAACUGUAUUUGUGUGUGAAUUAUUUCCUGAGUUGUACUAUUAAACACCAUUGUAUUGCAUUUUUAAAAAAAUCAGUCUUAUAUGUAGCAGUCAACUUCUCAGAUUCAUUUCUACAUUCAGGAACCACAAAAUAUUACAAGAAUAAAUUAUACUGAAAGAAUAAAGCAGUUUUCUAGUACAGAAGUCUAGAUUGGCUUAUAAUUAGGGUGCCUUUUAACAAGGGUAAACAUGAUUAUGGUUCUCUUUUUAGUAAGAUAAAAUUUUCAUUUCCUCCUGUGCAUCCUGCAGAUAUAUUCCGGAGAGCUGGGGGAGUUAGAUGUUGAUUUGUAGCUGUAGGAGAACAAAGAAACUUCUAUCACAUAAGUGGACAUUUAUUCCAGCGGUGCUGUACUGAUGCCUGUGGAUUUGCAUUAAGAAUUGACCUCUCUAACAUAUGCAUGAUUGCUACUGGGCAUUGAAAAUAAAUUUACAUAGGUUCUUGAAUCCUUCAUUUUAAAAUUCAAUUCCAGGCAAAUGAAACCAAAAUUGUUUUAGAAAUUAUAGCAAAUUUUUUUAAAAUUGUUACAAAAGCAUGUUUAUCUUAGAUCAAUAAAAGCAUUUAUAUAAAAUGCUGGGUGGAACUGAGUUUUAUCUAGCCAAUGCUGAAAUCCUUGUUUUGCUCAGUUGUUAUAGAUUUCAGUACAUAUAUACUCCAUUGAAAUGAAUAAAGUUCAAUUGUGGUUAAAUAGUACUUGUUUACCAAUUUGAUAAGAUAUUUUGUCUAAAAUUAAAGUUCUUAUUUUAGCUCAAUCUCUAGUACUGAAGAGAAACCUUUUAAAAUAAGCAUCCAUUUUAAUAUGGCACUAUGUGAAAAUUAUAGCAGAAACCUACAUAACUUAUUUUCAAACUGAAAUUGAAGGUACUUUGGUUUACAGUGCACCAAAGAAUUUUUUUUAAUAAAUCUUACAGCAUAGAACAGGGUUUGGAAUGUGUGAUCCUCCCAAAGUUGUUGAACUUCAAAGUUUGGCAGCAGGGCCUACAAGUAAGGGAUGCGGGGAGUUGUUGUUUGAUUUGGCAUCAUCUAGAGCAGUGUUUCUCAACCUUGGCAA